CUUCCAGUAUCACGUCCCGCCCCCUGUGUUCAUCAGGAGGAGGGGUGGGGAGCAGAAGGGCGGGUUUCGCUGGUACCUCAGAUCUCAUACUGGAUUUACCGGACUGCACCUGUGAGGAGCCGGGUUUGUUUCUGCGCGUCGGGAGGAACGAAAGGCGGGCCCGCAGCAGCACGGCAGCCAGGAGCCUGUCCGAGGACAACACCAAUACCGCUGCAGCCCCUCAGCAGCUUUACGCUCGAGAGUAGAGGAGGGAGCCGCCAGGCUGUCAGACCUCCAGCGGAUAUUUUUACCCGCAGUGCCUCAGACAAGCAGCCGACCGAGGAGCACAAUGUCCAGGCAACAGCAGCAGCAGCAACAGCGGACUUCGUUCAGACUGUCGGACAACCUGGUGGAGGUCAAGAGCAAAUUUGAUGCAGAAUAUCGUCGUUUUGCUCUGAAGAGAAAUGGUCCAGGGGGCUUCAAGGAGUUCUACCGCCUCCUCCAAACGAUUCAUCACAUCCCUGGUGUUGAUGUGCUACUAGGAUAUGCAGAUGUCCACGGGGACCUCCUUCCAAUCAACAAUGAUGAAAAUUACCACAAAGCCAUUGCAUCAGCCAAUCCGCUGCUCCGCAUUAUUAUAACCAAGAGAGAGGAUGAACCUAUCAUUUUUGGCACCAACUCCCUUCAGAGGCGUAGAAAGGGGCUGGGCUUAACGAGCCUGCGCGCCACUGGCUCAGGCUCCACCCACUCAAAGGGCAGAUCUGGCCUCAUGAUUGGACCGCCAAAGAACUUCAGACAGAUUUCUUCAAUCAUCGAUGUGGACAUUUUGCCUGAGACACAUCGACGGGUACGACUUCACAAGCAUGGCACUCAAAAACCACUUGGGUUCUACAUACGUGACGGCGUGAGCGUGCGGGUGACACCGCAGGGCGUAGAGAAGGUUCCAGGGGUGUUCAUAUCUCGUCUUGUGCGUGGUGGGUUAGCAGAAAGCACUGGGCUGUUGGGUGUUAACGACGAGAUCCUCGAGGUCAAUGGCAUCGAUGUAGCAGGAAAAUCUUUGGAUCAGGUCACAGACAUGAUGGUGGCAAAUAGUCACAACCUUAUUGUGACCGUAAAGCCAGCUAACCAGAGGAACAAUGUUACGCAUCGUAGGAGUAAAACCUCCGUAGGUAACUCGGGUUCUCUGGGCUCAGUUGGAUCUACAGGCUCUGCCGUGUCACAUGACUCACAAAGCCCCGCCUCUCUGAGCAAUCCCAUCACUGCAAGCAACAGCAUUGCUGAGGGUGACAGUGAUGAUGGUGGUGAUGAUGAUGAUGAAGGUGACCUCAUUCUGGAGAAUGACUGCCUGACACCCUACGACUCCCACCGGGUCACUAACAGCACCACUAUGCCCGACAGAGACUCACUUAGCAAUGGGCCACAUAGCUACACCGUGGGUAGGCCCCUCCCACAGAGUGUCUCAUUGCCCAGUAAUGUCGGAGCAUCCCUGAGAGACAGCGCCAUGAUGAUCUCCAGCCACAACGGAAACUCCACCCACACAACUAGUAGCAGUGAGGAGAGCAUGAGAGAAGAUAGCAACGUAACAGCACUGUAACCACGACAGCACUGUUCCAUUGAGGACUAUGAAUGUUAGCGCAACAGUGCUGAAACCACGGCAAAUACAGGUGGCUGUGGUCCUGUUAGAUAACAGACUUCUAAAAGAGGAGGGAGUUGACGUAUGAAGCACUGACAGGACCUCCGGAGGGACCAUUCACUCUUCUGCUAGUUUACACUUUACCUCUUUCCCGCCUUGGUGGAUUGUUGGCUUUUACUGUAUGAAGGCAUAGGAACACUGUAUACGAUGCAACGUAUGGCUGAAGUUUUCAGCUUUGUCAGGUUCUAUAAACAACAGUAAUUAUAUCAUUUUUUAAAAAAUGUUAUAUUAUGGAAAUGUUUAAAUACCAUAAUGUAUUAACAGAUUAAUAUUGACCAUUUAAUUAAAAAAAUUAAAUAGUUAUAAAUCCUCUUGUAAAAGCCAUAAGUCACUUUGAUGUCAAUGUAUUUUAAAAAAUGUCUUCAAACCUAUAGUUGACUUUCAUGUUUUAUUUUUGCGGCACCACAAAAACCAGUGCAAGUAGCACUACGUCACUUUGGCAUCUCUAACUGUGAAACUUUGUGUCUGUGUAGUAAACUUAAUGCUUAGUGUGGCAAACAUGGCGGAUACACAUGGAAGCUUCAUGAAAUGAAGCAAAGUGAUUAAAGUUGUUUUAGCAUUUGGGUAACUGGGUCUUAGACUGCCGACAUCUCAGAAUUACAGGUAGUUCUGGCUCCGCUUCUCUCCCUGCUGUAACUUUGUCAAAAGCUUUUAAUACUUCAGGAAAAGCACAGCAGUAAAUGAACAAAGGUAACAUGUAUUUUAACCCAAUACUACUUACUUUACAUUGAUUACAUUUAAAUAAAAGUUUACUGUGAUUUAAAGCAGAA